AUGGCAACACGGAGGUCAUCAUUUCGCUUUCGCCUUCCCUGGUCUCAAGAUGAACCAGCUUCACCUGCAGCACCAGCAACCCAACCAUCUACUCGACCCAACGCCAGCACGGCUCCCUCUCCAGCAACUCGCCCGGCUGCACCGGCCACCAGCACGACCAAUCUGUCCACAGCUGAAACACCAACUAGUAACCAGCCAACCGACUCCAUGAAAAACACCACCCCUGGAAUUCCUACUUCACCAACUCAAGCUGGAACCAAGAAGAACAAUCAGCUUCCCAACACAAGCCUUACUCCACCUCGCCCUAUCGAACCCUCCACUACAAGCACGAGCCUGACUCCUGCUACUCCUACCACUGCUGAAACCCAAACCCCUCUCCAACCCUCGAAUAUGAACUCUACAUCCACAAAUUCUCCAGCGAGGUCUACGUCUCAAACUACUACCAGUAACCCCUCUACACCGAAGAGACCACCAUUUAGGCCUGCAGGGGCAGCUCCCUCUCCCAAGAAUCGGGCAUCCAGGAGCGAGUCUCAACCCACAUCACCACCUCAAUCAACUAAUAAGUCCCGUAUCUCAUCUCCACCAGCUUCACCAUCUGAUUCAGCAACUAAGUCCCACGUGUCUCAAUCUCCGUCUUCAUCUCGCCCAGCUCCUCAAUCACCAGCUAUCACUCCAACAUCCUCCCCUACACGCAAGGUUCCCCAGGUCCUUUCAACUAAAACAAGCCAAGAGUCUUCAAAGCCAUCCGUUGUAAAAACUCAAAUGCAAGAAAAGAAUCAGGCAGCUAGUCUGCCAACAUCGCCACCCAAAUCAUUGCAAGAGAUCCCAGGGCCUUCUUCCAAAUCCAAACAAGUACGGUCACCCAUGCUGGAUAAGAAGGAACCAGCAGAACAAAUGGAGCUUCAAACUAAGAAAGCAACCAUGUUAGAUGAAGCAAAAGCAAGUUUCAUAGACAAGGCAAUGCAACCUUCGGAAGUAUCAGUGCUGAAAUCCGGCACUAUAGAAGGGCCAUCUGAGAAAUCACAUUCUUCCAGUGUCACUGGUGAAUCUAAGAUGCUCAAAGAGUCAGCUAGUAACAUUCAGGAAACCAAGGAAGUGGUGCACGAGACAAGAGGUAAGGCCUAUGGUGCUGGAGCAGAUAUAGUGAAGCUAGAGGAGGCUACUGAAGAUCACAUUUUGGUUUGUAAUGGAAGAGAAACGAGAGGAAGUGCAUCUCAGACGAGGAACAAAACUAUAGCCACUGGUUCUAGUCAGAAAGCUGCAGCAUCCAGAAACUGGGAAAACACCGGUGAAUGUGAUCACUCUCGCAGGUGA